CUUAAAACCCGUGAAAACAGACCAUAAUCAUGCCCGUUCCAAGUGCGCAAAGAGCAAAAGCACGUUUCCAAACUCAAGUGCCAGGCCGUUAAACCCACCGUGAUUUAUUUUACUUUCUCGUUGACAUCCAGCUUCAAGUAGCUCUAUAUUUAUAAAAUACCUGAAAGAAAUGUAUCUUUUUGGUAGGAUCCAACACGUGAGUUUGAGUUCGACUGUAGAUGCAAGAUGCGCCAUCAGAACGUGGUUUUGAAUCCUUGGCUACGCCACAUCAGUGUCCGACGCAAUCACAUUUCUCUGCUCACACAUAAUGCACCAGCUUUCCUAGCACAACUUCUUUAUGGUCACAUUCGGUUAUGAUAUUAGUAUUUGCAUGCAACCAAUGUAUCUGGGACUGGACAAAACUAAACAUAUCGCGGCGGCCAUCUUGUGGGAUGCGUAGGUUCUAGCCUUCUCUCGGCGAGGAGGAGGAGGCACGCCAACUGUGAAAGCUUUGGUAUUCCUGGGCCACUUGGGUGUCUUUUGUCAUGUAGGCUAGCCUUAUUCCAAUCUCUACCGGUUCCGGUUUAAAGGUUUUUGUUAAUCAUUGCUGGUUACCGUUCUUCUUCUGGCGACUCGAAAUAUGUUUUAAUGUGCGUUUAAAUGGUUCAGCACAUAUGCGUUUCGGUUUGAUCAAAACGGACUAUUGGGCUACUUUAAUGUAGCCUAUUAUUUACCCUUUUUGGCGGAGGCUAAUAAAACGGGAUGGGACAGACCGUGAUUUCAAGUUUUGUAUAGACUUAAACACUUGGAUUACCCUCAAUUAACUGCAGGAGUUGGGCUGGGUUGACAACGUAUGUAACCUCAAAUAAAGGAAAGUGGUUUCCCAAAAGGCUUGACUAUGGGUUGUGUCAAGAGCAAAGAGGACAAGGGCCCGACCCAGAAGUACCGGCCCGACGUCUCGGGCUCCACCCCGAUGGCGCCUCACAUCGGCCUGUACGGGCCGGACCCCACGCACAUGGGCCAGUCCCCGGCCCUCAAGGGCCCCGCGAGCAGCUACAACAGCCACGGCUCGGUCCUCACGCCCUUCGGAGGCUCCUCCUCGGUCACGGCCAUCACUCCGUUCGGGGGGGCCUCGUCCUCCUUCUCCACGGUGGCCGUGAGCAGCCCGUUCCCAGGUGUUGUCACAGGAGGUGUGACAUUCUUUGUGGCCUUAUAUGACUACGAAGCCAGGACGUCAGACGACCUUUCAUUUACGAAAGGCGACCGGUUUCAGAUCAUCAACAACACAGAGGGUGACUGGUGGGAGGCGCGUUCCAUCAACACGGGGAAGAAGGGCUACAUUCCCAGCAAUUACGUUGCCCCAGCCGAUUCCAUCCAGGCGGAAGAAUGGUACUUUGGGAAAAUGGGUCGCAAAGACGCCGAGAGACUGCUUCUGGUGCCGGGCAAUCUGCGAGGCACUUUCCUGGCGCGGGAGAGUGAGACGACUAAAGGAGCAUACUCCCUCUCCAUACGAGACUGGGAUGAGGUGAAGGGAGACAAUGUGAAACACUACAAGAUCCGCAAACUUGACAACGGAGGCUACUACAUCACGACCAGAGCCCAGUUCGAUACACUACAGAAACUUGUGAAGCACUACACAGAGCACGCUGACGGGCUGUGCCACCGAUUGACCACGGUGUGUCCAACGGUGAAGCCCCAGACGCAAGGCCUGGCCAAGGAUGCCUGGGAGAUCCCACGGGAGUCCCUGAGGCUGGAGGUGAAGCUGGGCCAGGGAUGCUUCGGGGAGGUGUGGAUGGGCACGUGGAACGGUACGACCAAGGUGGCCAUUAAGACGCUGAAGCCAGGCACCAUGUCUCCUGAGGCCUUCCUGCAGGAGGCCCAGAUCAUGAAGAAGCUGCGGCACGACAAGCUGGUGCCCCUCUACGCCGUGGUGUCGGAGGAGCCCAUCUACAUCGUCACAGAGUACAUGGGACAAGGGAGUCUGCUGGACUUCUUAAAAGAGGGAGAUGGUAAAUAUCUGAAGCUGCCCCAGCUGGUGGACAUGGCUGCACAGAUCUCAGAUGGCAUGGCUUUCAUUGAGAGGAUGAACUACAUUCACAGGGACCUGCGAGCGGCCAAUAUCCUGGUUAGCGAGAACCUGGUGUGCAAGAUUGCAGACUUUGGCCUGGCCAGACUGAUCGAAGACAACGAGUACACAGCCAGACAAGGAGCCAAGUUCCCCAUCAAGUGGACAGCGCCCGAGGCCGCCCUCUACGGACGCUUCACCAUCAAGUCGGACGUCUGGUCCUUUGGCAUCCUGCUGACCGAGCUGGUGACCAAGGGCAGAGUGCCAUACCCAGGCAUGGUGAACCGUGAAGUCCUGGAGCAGGUGGAGCGUGGCUACCGGAUGCCGUGUCCCAACGGCUGCCCAGAGUCCCUACACGACAUGAUGCAGCUCUGCUGGAAGAAGGACGCGGACGAGAGGCCCACCUUCGACUACCUCCAGUCCUUCCUGGAGGACUACUUCACGGCCACCGAGCCCCAGUACCAGCCUGGGGACAACCUGUAGAGAGAGGGACCUGCUAUGCUGCACCAGGCCAGCACAGCACAUCCAGGGCCACCACUUAGCUGACCCAUCACCCCCAUCGCAGCCACAUGGGAGCAGUGGAGAGCAGCAGCAGCAGCAGGACACAGGGCUGCAGCCAACACCCCUAACCCUAAUCCUCAUCCCAUCCCAUCCAAGCCAACCCCCACCCCAACCUGCUCUUCCCCCUUUCCCCCAUUCCACCCUUCUUGCUUUACAGAGACAAGUAGCGUGAGCCAGGGUCCUAAACCACUGAGUUACUGUGGUACAUUUCCUUCUUACUCCUUAAAGAAUUCCCAAAACCCCUUAUCCUACAAACUCAAAGAAAAUUUGGGAGAUUUAUUUUAAUUUCUUUUCUUUUUUUUUUAGUUCAUUUUUUUUCUUUGAUGUGGAUUGAACAAUUGUUAUGGAUGUUCUUGUGCCCUGCCCACCGUAAGUAUGGGGUCAUGUGCCACCCAGCCCCCUCUUCUCAAAGCCAAUUUGAACAAUGUGCAGGCAAAAUGUGCUUUGAGGAGACUUCUGCAAAACCUGUGUGUUUGAUGACUUGAAAAUGAUUCGUCACUUAUUUUCAUGCUUGCCCCUUCUGUAGCUACACCGUGCAGAUUGGGGGGCGCGAACACUAAGAUUGCUGCUGAAGUGGGAUAAGGGGCAAGAAACUAAACAAAAAGGCAAUGGCUGGUUCACAAUUGCACAAAGGUAUACUUACUUUCUAUGAAACUUCAUUUCUGUUUUUACAAUUUUUUUAUUUUCUUUGACAACACACUAAAUUCUUUUUUUAUUAUUAUUAUUAAUGAACAAAAUGACAGACUGAGGAUAAUGAGUGUGUAGUCCUUUCAGUUUUAUUUGAUUGCUUUUUUUCCCUUUCUCUUCUUUUGUUUAGUGUCAAUAGUGAGUUUUUAUCAAGUGACCAAUUAACUGUGGUAGAUCAUGGGAGAUCUUGUCCUGCGACUGAUGUGUGUGGAGUGAGGUAAUGGGUCCUUCUCAAAACCUAGUGCAGUGCACUCCCCAGUGUAUCAGUCACACCCAGUGAUUGGAUAUUCCGUAGAGUUCACCAAAGAGUAUCCAAUCACUGGGCGUGACUAAUUAGGCUGAUACACUUGGAAGUGCACUGCACUAGGUUUUGAGAAGGGCCCAAUGUGUGAGAGGGACAAACAUGAAGUGCUGAGUGAAUCAAGAGGCAAGUGAGGACAGUAGCCAUUUUGAAUGUAUUCUGAAUAAAUUGUGGGAAAUGGGUUUUUGAAAGCA